AUGUCUGAUGAAAUGGUGGCAUUAAAGAAAAUAAAACAUGGACAUGUGUUGUUCUACCAGAAGGAAGAGAGGAAAUUGGUUGUAUAUGGGUUUAUAGGAAGAAAGAGAAUCUUGAUGGAAGUACCUCCAAAUUUAAAGCUCAGCUUGUUGCUAAGGGGUUCCAUCAACAACCCAGUUUUUGCUUCACUGAAACUUUUAGUCCAGUCUCUAUUCAUUUUCCACACAUCUACAUCUACUACUCUUAUAUUAGUAUAUGUUGAUGACAUUAUUAUCACUGGAAGUGACUCUAACCUCAUCGCCAAUAUUGUCAACUCAUUAAAUUCUCAAUUUUCCCUGAAGGAUCUUGGGGACUUGAGCUAUUUUCUAGGCAUUGAAGUUAAAACCACUCCACAAGGGCUGCAUUUAUCCCAAUCCAAGUACAUUAGAGACCUUCUCAUCAAAUCCCAAAUGGAGGAUUCCAAACCACUUCCAACCCCCAUGGUGAGUAGUUUAAAGCUAUCAGCUCAUGGCCAUGAACCGUUUGACACCCCUAACUAUAUGGGUCGAUUGUGGGUGUCCUACAAUAUCUGUUAA